AUGGGAGAACUUGAUUUGAACCAGGAGUGUUCGAUCAUUGGGGGGGAGAUGGACGAGGAGGGUGAGGAGGAGGAAACCUUCGCAAGCAAUGAGGGGUCGGAGGAGGAACGGGGUUUCGAUUCCAUCGUAGGCGCCCUUGAGGAAGCAGUCAUGGACCCGACGUUUGCCAGUCUUCAACAAGUCUUCGUUGACAAGUGGUGUGGGGAGUUCGAAGACGUGGAGGAGAAUAAACUCAUUUACACCGACCUCUUUCGGCAGUACACGCGGCUGGUCGAACGGCAUCUCGACGGGUGGCUCCGACAACGCAUCAGGGGCUUCGAAAUGGAGACGUUCAUGAAAAUGGUGGCCGAGCGCCAAGGCGAAGUGGUCGGCGACGUCAUCGAUAUCCUCAUGGCCGUGGGAGACUUCGCCGAGUUCAAGGGCAUGAUGGUCGCUCACCGCAAGGGGCGCGACAACGGGUUGGUGGUGACAUCAGCUUCAGCAGGGGAGGAGGAAGCUAAGACUGGGUGGCACCGACACGUAGAGAGAGGAGGCGUGGGCGAUCCUUCGGCAGGGUCGACAGCGAGCGGGAAAGGCGGUAGUGCACGCCAGACGUGCACUGUUGCUGGUGUGGGCGAGACAGCCGGAAGACGGAGGGGAACCUCAGAUGCUUUCAGCACUACUGCAGAAAGCAAGUGGCGAAAGUAA